AUGGUGGACCUGUUCAUUGAUCGGGUCCUGGUGAAGAACAACAAGGACCAGGAUGAGCUGGACACAGAGCGUGAGAUUCUCAUGCGCCUGCAGAAUCGCAUCCUGAUGCUCUUCUUUGCAUCUGCUGCAUGUGAAAGCUGCCAGCAGUUUGCUCCCACUCUCACCAACUUCUUCAAACGGUUGACCGAUGAAUUCUAUGUGGAUCGCUCUGCUCAGCUGGUUCUCCUGUACAUUAGUGUGGACGAGUCAGAGGAGCAGCAAGAAAGCUUUCUAAAAGAGCUGCCUAAGAAGUGUCUGUUCCUGGCCUAUGAGGACCCCUACAGGAGGGAGCUGGAGGCCAUGUUUAAUGUGGAGGAGCUGCCCACAGUGGUGGUGCUGCGUCCUGACUGCUCCGUCCUAAUCCCCAAUGCCGUGGAGGAGAUACUCCGCCUCGGCCCGGACUGCUACCGCGGCUGGCAGGAAGCGGCAGAGCUCAUCGACAGGAACUUCAUGAUCAACGAGGACUUUGAGGAGAAGUCCAUGCGUAGCUUCAGUGACCCCGUGAGAAGACUCAAGUACAAGGUGGAAGAUGAGAAGAAGAAAAAAAAGAGGAAAAAGCGCAGAGGGUGGGGCGAAGGUGGAGAUGCGGAGCUGGAUGGAGGAGCGGAGGGACAAGAACAAGGAGGAGGAGGAGGGUCAUGGUGA